UAUACUACUUUGAAACUUCUAAUAGUUUUCUGACAACCUUGACCAAGUAAAACCGCGUUUUUGGAACCAUUUUCUUUUUUCACACUAACAUAUUGAAUGGUUACAUUACAUAACUUGACACAUACCAUUUGCAUGCUAUUUGAGUAUCUUUUGCUAAUCCAAAUUCCAAACAUAAACUCUUCAGGCUUUUCUGUAGAAGCGCUUAAGGAAGAAACAUGAGUUAUCACUAUCAGUUUCCUGACUCUCCUCCUACCUUUUCAUCAGGCAAUUUUGAACCACAAUUUUUACGAAAUUUUGAACCUGGAAUUCUUCAUCAGGCUGAAAUUUUUACGAAAUUUGGUGAUAGAGUUGAUUCUACUAUGAAAUGGGCAGUAGCAGAAUCUGUAGUAUAUGGAGUAGUGGUAAUAAUUGCUGUUACAGCAAUAGUACAUGCUAUUAUUCAGUGCUUGAAGAAAGCAGGAACAGCAAUUCCAGCUUACAGUCAGAUUUCAACCACAGAAAAUGAUAAUCAAAUAUCUUCAAACUCAUUACAUGCAACCAACAAAAUUGAAGUUGUAAUACCAGAAGAUUCAAAAGCUGAAUUUCCAACCAUGGAAAGAUUCUUAAGCAACAUCAAUAGAGAAAAACCAAUUCGAUUCACUCCAGAAAAACUCGAUGAAAUUACAAAGAACUACUCAACCAUAUUAGGUUCUGGUGCUUUUGGUGUUGUCUACAAAGGAGAAUUUCCAAAUGGAGAAAAAGUUGCUGUAAAAGUUCUAAACUAUUUGGAUAUGGGAAUGGAAGAGCAAUUUAAAGCAGAAGUUAGCACAAUUGGAAGAACUUAUCAUAAUAAUUUAGUCAAACUUUUUGGAUUCUGCUUUCACCAUGACACAAGAGCACUUGUUUAUGAGUAUGUUGAAAAUGGUUCUUUAGAUAAGUACUUAUUUGGAAGCACGAAUCGUGAAGUUGAGUUACGAAAGCUUCAUGAUAUUGCAAUUGGAACAGCUAAAGGAAUUGCUUAUUUACAUGAGGAAUGUCAACAUAGAAUAAUUCAUUAUGAUAUUAAACCGGAAAAUGUUCUUCUUGACAUGAAUUUAGUACCAAAGAUAGCUGAUUUUGGAUUAGCGAAAUUAAGGAGUAGAGAAAGUACAAUUGUUAUGAAUACUCAUUUUAGAGGAACAAGAGGUUACGCCGCGCCUGAAAUGUGGAAGGCUUAUCCAGUGACAUAUAGAUGUGAUGUUUAUAGUUUCGGUAUUCUUCUAUUUGAAAUCGUAGGGAGAAGAAGACAUUUUGAUUCUAGCUAUAGUGAAUCGCAACAAUGGUUUCCAAAAUGGACUUGGGAAAUGUUUGAGAAUAAUGAAUUGGUUGUUAUGCUCGCACUUUGUGGAAUCGAAGAGAAAGAUAAUGAGAUAGCCGAGAGAAUGUUAAAGGUUGCUCUAUGGUGUGUUCAGUAUUCACCAAAUGAUAGACCUCAAAUGAGUACUAUUGUGAAGAUGUUAGAGGGUGAAAUAGAAAUUUCUUCACCUCCAUUUCCCUUUGAAAAUCUUGUGCCGGCCGCUAAAGAAAAUUUGACUACAGAAGGAAGCAUUGCAGAUUCUGAUACAACUACGUCUUCGUGGAAUACAGAAUCUUUAAGAGAAUUUGGUUUCAGAACCAAACACAAUGUAUUUGAGAUUGAAACAUGUUUGGAAUGAUCGUAAAUUUAACAAAAAUCACGGUGACUCCUUGAUUUUAUUGAAGCGCUAUAGUAUUCUACCAACCAAGUGUUCAAAUUUCUAUACAAUAGUUCUAUUUGUUUAUACAA